GAACCGAGCACCGGUACGUUUGCUUCGCCUGCACUGGUUCAUAUUUUGACACGAGCUUCGAAGCAGGAGGGUCUCCAUCAGUCCUGAUCCGGAUCCACCAGAGUCCGGAUGAACCUCUGAUGGACUUUCAGCUGCUCACCUUUUUUUCUGGAUCUUGUUCCUCUGACUCAUCAUCAAGCUAUAGAGGUUAGCUUAGCACGCUAGCUGGAAGUUAGCGGCACGGUGCUAGUCCGAGUUUAACGGAGAACCAACGGUGUUUAUCUGGAGGACACGUGUCUGAGAUUCAGUGAAGAUGUCCAACGUCCAAAUGCUGAGAUGUUUACUGAAGCAGCGAAUCACCGAGGACGCCGAAGAGACAUUUGGGCUGUUUGAAAGAACGAUAGCAGAGUACGAGGAGGAAGCUUCUGGAUUAAAAGAGGACAACGAGGGACUAAAGAAACGUCUGCGCGCUGCUUUCAACCCAGAAGUCCGCGUUCACAGAGCAGACCUCCACCAGCUGUUUAUGAUUAAAGAAGAGCAGCAGGAGGACCUAAAGCCCCCCCACAUCAAGGAGGACCAGGGGGCACCAGAGCCCCCCCACAUUAAAGAGGAGCAGCUUCAAGGGCUGGAGGAGGCUGACACAAAGGUCUCAGUCAUUCCUGUGAAGAGUGUAGAUGAUGAAGAGGAAGCUCAGUCCUCACAGCUUCAUCAGAGACAAACUAAACAAAUGGAGACAAAAGGUGAUGGAGAGGACUGUGGAGGACCAGAACCAGACAGGAACUCUGGUCGAGAUGGUCCUCCAGAACCAGAUACUGAGGAGGAGACUGGAGACUCAUCUGAACCUGAGACUGACGACAGUGUUGAUUGGAAUGAGACCAGAGAACCUCACUCAGGUUCAAACUCCAAUGAUAAAGGUUCAAAAUGUAGAACAAGUGAUCAACCGUUGAUCUGUUCUGAAUGUACGAAAGCAUUUGAUUGCAUUAAAAAGCUGAAGAGACACAUGAUGACCCAUACAUCAGAGAAUCUUCUCAGCUGCCAAGAGUGUGGUAAAUCUUUCAAUAACCGUGGAGACCUGAGGGUUCACAGGAGAUGUCACACAGGGGAGAAACCUUAUAGCUGCUCAGAGUGUGGUAAGUGUUUCACUGCGAUUGGAAGUCUGAAGACUCACAUGAGAUGUCACACAGGGGAGAAACCUUAUAGCUGCUCAGAGUGUGGUGAACGUUUCACUCAAGGUGGAAGUCUAACGACUCACAUGAGACGUCACACAGGGGAGAAACCUUUCAGCUGCUCAGAAUGUGGCAAGUGUUUCACUCAAAGCGGAAGUCUGAAGACUCACAUGAGAUGUCACACAGGGGAGAAACCUUUCAGCUGCUUAGAGUGUGGUAAAUGUUUCACUAUAAGUGGAAGUCUAAAGAGUCACAUGAGAAGUCACACAGGGGAGAAACCUUUCAGCUGCUUAGAGUGUGGUAAAUGUUUCUCCUCAAGUGCCAGGCUAAAGAUUCACAACAGAUAUCACAAAGGUGAGAAACCAUUCAAAUGCCUACAUUGUGGUAAAUGUUUCACUUCAGGUCAGAAACUGAAGGAACACAUCAGAUGUCACACAGGGGAGAAACCAUAUAGCUGCUCAGAAUGUGGUAAAUUUUUCACGAAUAGUGGACAUCUGAAGACACAUCUGAAGACACACAUGAGACCUCACACAGGGGAGAAAACCUGCAAACGCUGCGGCAAAUGCUUUACUGACAUUGUAAUUCUGAGGAUGCAUCGAUGUCCAGCAUUCCACAUAAAAACUCACACAGAUGAGAAUCCCGUUUAGCGCCUUAACUCAAUCAGCCCCAUCUCUUGGUUACAUCACUGUUGCCCACGUACGUUAAUACCCCCAGCAGAACAAUGAAGACAGAUAUUUGCAGCUACUUUUCCAUGUUCACAAUUACAAAACAACUGUAGAGACUUCCUCCCUGGGAUUCAGUCUCAAUGAGGCGAUCCUCUUGUUCACUGGGGUAAAACUCAUGCACAGACGGCUCAUGGAUACCCCCACACCUGUCUGGAUCCUGCCCCUCUCCAAGGGCUUGGUUCCUGAAGUAGCAACAGCAUGAAGUUAAGUCAUAUUAUAUCUGGCUGAUGGAGCUCAACCUCCUGCACAGGCUCAGAUUUCUUCCCCCCGAGAGGUGGUAUUGUUUGUCCCUAGAGCCCGCCUGUGAAGCCUGUGGUCAGUUAAUCCCCAGAGCACGUCUUUGAACUGUGUGAGGAAGCCAGAAGAGUAUCCGGA